AAAGGAACUGCUACUUGAAGCUCAUCUCUGGGUGUCUUGUGAUAUACUGUYUAAAUUACUAGGUCUGUUAUCACCAAGAGCUCUGAUCUUACUUUUGUGUACUGAGUCCCUGUCUACAAGUGAAACUUUGGAGAAAAAGCAGUUUUAUUGGCUUUUUUUGUGUUGCAGUGUAAGGGUUCCAUUAAGAGUUGUAACCAAACAACUUGUGUCUGACUGCAAAAAAAAAAGUACAACUGAGCAGUCUGCACGUAUCUGCAGCAUUGCAGUUGAGAACAAAUCAGUGUGUGUGCGUGCGUAUGUACCAACUAGUUUGUCUGUAGCAGUUCAGGCAGGGUUACAGAAGAGCCAUUGAUCAAAUGUGCACAGCCGCUUACACAUACAAGCCCACACAUACACACUCAACUUUCCACCGCACAAUGAGGACCGUUCGAAGCUCUGUCCUCUGCCGCCUCCUCCCUGCCUCUUUCUCCCUGGUCCUGCACGGCCUGGUCCUGGUCCUGGUUCUGCUCUGCAUCACCCCUCACUGUCAAGCGGUGCAAGCAGAGAAUGUGGAAGUCCUGGAGGGAGGCACGGCCCACAUCUCCUGCCGCCUGCAGGACUACGACGGCUCCAUCGUGGUCAUCCAGAAUCCCCGCCGACAGACUCUCUUCUUCAACGGCACGCGAGCUCUGAAGGACGACCGCUUCCAGAUGGUGCUCUUCACGCCACGCCUGGUGCGCAUCGCGCUGACCAACGUCAGCGUGUCAGAUGAGGGCGGCUACUUCUGCCAGCUUUACACAGACUCCACGCACCACCAGGUGGCGACGCUCUCCGUCAACGUCCCCCCGGAGAUGCCCACCGUGGAGCCAAAGCAGGAGGUCGUGGAGGGCGGUGACGCCGAGCUCACCUGCGUGUCACCUCGCAGCAAGCCAGCUGCCACCCUGCGCUGGGUGCGGAACGGCCGCGAGAUACAAGGUGUUGUAUCCCAGCAAGAGAAUGGCAAAACGUUCAGCGUGUCCAGCACUAUCCGCAUCCCGGUAGAAAGGAAAGACAAUGGGGCGGCGCUGAGCUGUGAGGCACUCCACCCUGCACUGAACGGGCAGAAAAAGAUUCGACAUUAUCGACUGGACGUGAAUUUUGCUCCCACAGUGCGGAUUGUUCCCCCUUCGGGCAUUUUGCGUGAGGGCGACUCGCUCAGCCUCACCUGCUCCAUCACCGGGAAUCCUUUGCCCAGAAGUAUUCAGUGGUCCAGGAUAAACGACUCUUUACCUGAGAGGGCAGAGAUUUCUGGGCCCACUCUUCAGAUUUCCCGCCUCAGCCAGUCACACAACGGGACGUACCUGUGCCAAGCCCAGAACAACUUCGGACGUGCUGCCGAUCACUACACCCUGUUGGUGUAUGAAAAUGUGUCAGUCACUACCAUGGCCCCUCCCACCACCCAUCCAAUCACCUCCCGUCCUACYACCUCAAUCCUCCCGUCACCCAGCUUCGCUCCAGGACCAAGAGAUCCUGGUGCAGUGGUAGAGACUCACAGCGCAGUACCGUACGCAGUGAUAGGUGGCGUUCUGGCACUUCUGGUUUUCACCGUCAUCUGUGUCCUCAUCGUCACCAUCUGGUGCUCUGUCCGGCAGAAAGGUUCCUAUCUUACCCACGAGGCCAGCGGGUUGGAUGAACAUGGCGAGGUGCAGGAGGCCUUUCUCAAUGGGAAUGACGCCAGCCAGGGCAAGAAGGAGUACCUACUGUAGCCCUUCUCUUUCCCUAAUCCCUUCUCUUCUGACCUCGUACCCCUACCCCUUCCUUCCCACCUCCCACCUUGUAUACAGUAUACAUACACACACACAAACACUUCUACACAAUGCGCCACAAUAGGCGGCCUUCUGAAAGCGACUGUAUACCGAUACUGCACACAGCCAGUCCACCACACGCCAUUCCACUCCAUGUCCUCUAUACACACUCACACAACUCAAGAGAGACUGAGAGACAGAGCGCCUUAAGGCCCCGCAGACAUUAACGACUGUGCCAUAUACAGUACUGUAAGUCGAAAACACUGGGGGGAAGUAAAGGCGGUGUGAAAGAGCAGCGACAGAGUGAAGUGAAUGUAGACAAAAGCAAAAUGAUGCCAUAAUUAUUUUGAUCGAGGAGGGAAGAGGGCAACACAAUGAAAAGCGGCACUCCGCCUGUGCAGCCACCAAAGUGGAAGGGGAAUUAGAGGCAGAUGACUGCUAUAAUUCCCCGCCUGGAGAAUAGAAGAAUCCAUUUCACGUAGUUCAAUCUUUAACUGAAGGAGACAGUAGGAGUGCUGUGUGAGGAGGGAGGCGGGACUAAGAGGGAGAAAGCUGGACAGGAACUAUUUAGCGUUCAAUGGUAAAACGCUUACAUUUUUCUAAUUGCCAAAACAUAUUGUCUACAGAACUCAACUUGUAUAUAAUUUCCAACAGUUUGCAAAACCAGAAUGGAAGGAAAUAUCUAUACUUUAAGAACAAGCUAACUUUUUUCUAUUGCUCUCUGCGUUGGGUAGUCUACCAUUCAGUUUGAAAGAAAAAAUUGCUUUAAGUGAUUUUUUUUUCCAUUUUGUUACAUAAGUAAAGAAAAAUAUGGCUCUGUUCUUCUAAAACGCCGUCAACAUCCUCCAUCCGCUUUCUACACCUGUUCCGCCCCACACACGCCUUCAAUUAGUCUUUCUCCCAGUUCCUCCUCUAUCUUCACUCCUUAUGUUGGCCCCUAAUAAUAAAAGGAUUAGCGUUGGGAUGUGUUUCUGAGAAAGAAGAAAGGAAUAUGACUUGCUAAGACAUUAAAAAAGAAGCUUAAUCAUUUUAGAAUGUCAUUAAGAGGAUUAAAAGGUUUAAAAGUCCCGUACAAGAAUAGGAGGAGCAAAUGAACGAACAAAACAAAAAGAUGUUUUUAUUCUGAACGCCAUCAUUCAUAUGCAGCUUCAUGCACACAUUCACACAUGCAGGAAACAUGUCGACAGAACAAAUAUACAUAUCUCUGAAUUCUUUGUAUAAAAGACCAGUGACAUAAAUUAAAUUAAACUUUUAAGAAAUAAGAAAACUGUUUACUAUUGAAAAGCAUUACGAAGCAACUAUACUAACACAGAAUAUUAGCCUAUAGAGGUGAAGAGCCGAACAAACUACUGUCCAGUGAUCUUUAAAGAAAACGAAAAAAGGAUAAAAAAAUCAUUUGUCUUUAUGAGAAACCACAGGUUUUAUUGUUUUUUAAUAAUUAUUGUUAUGAUUUGAACAAUUCUGAUUGUUGUUACUGUUAUUAUUAUUGCCGUUGUUAUUAUAAUUGUAAAUGUUAAAGAAAUGUACACUUCCCAUGGUUUGUUUUUGGUUUUACUAUAGAAAAAAAUAUACUGUUAAUUUUCACUCGUUUCCUCUUACCUUUGCUCUCUUUGCCAGUAUUUCUCUCUUUGUCUCCUGUGCCUAGUUGUCUCUUCUCCUGUCUUACACUCUUGUUUAUUUUAGAGUCCAUGUGUCACUGUUGAUAUAUAGCUAACUAUUUCUUUAUAGGGGAAAGAUACAAAGCACGACAAAAUAAAAAAAAGAAUCCGAAAAUAACCUUA